CAGGGCGACGGCGCCAUGGAGUCGCGGAGGGUCCCCAGUCGCGGCUGGGGCCUGGGCGGGCGGGCGGGGACGGGGGCCGACGGCGAGGACGAUGGGCCGGUGUGGAUCCCCAGCCCGGCCAGCCGCAGCUACCUGCUCAGCGUGCGACCCGAGACCAGCUUAUCAAGCAACCGGUUGUCUCACCCCAGCUCUGGAAGGAGCACCUUCUGCUCCAUCAUUGCUCAGCUAACAGAGGAGACCCAGCCACUAUUCGAAACCACACUCAAGUCCCGGGCUGUGUCCGAGGACAGCGACGUCAGGUUCACCUGCAUUGUCACAGGAUACCCAGAACCAGAGGUGACUUGGUACAAGGAUGACAUAGAACUGGACCGAUACUGUGGUUUGCCAAAAUAUGAGAUCACUCAUCAGGGUAACCGUCACACACUGCAGCUGUACAGGUGUCGAGAAGAAGAUGCCGCCAUCUACCAGGCCUCUGCCCGGAACUCCAAGGGCAUUGUGUCCUGCUCAGGGGUCCUGGAAGUGGGCACCAUGACAGAGUACAAGAUCCACCAGCGCUGGUUUGCCAAGUUGAAGCGCAAGGCUGCAGCCAAAUUGCGGGAGAUUGAGCAGAGCUGGAAGCAUGGGAAGGAUGCUGCAGAUGAGGUGGACACCCUGCGCAAGCUCAGCCCUGACCGCUUCCAGCGAAAGCGGCGACUGAGCGGGGCUGAAGUGCCAGUGUCCUCAGCCCCAACCAGGGAGGCUGAAGAUGGGACCUCGGCAGCUUGGCAGGAAGGAGAAAGUGAAUCUGAGCACCCUGGUCUGGGUCUGAUCAACAGUUUUGCUCCUGGAGAGGUGCCCACCAAUGGGGAGCCUGCCCCCGAGAAUGGGGAGGAUGGGGAGCAUGGCUUGCUGACAUACAUCUGUGAGGCCAUGGAGCUGGGGCCUCAGAGAGCCCCCCAAAAGGAGUCUGGGGCCAAGAAGAAAAGAAAAGAUGAGAAAUCUAAGCCAGAUCGGCAGAAGCCAGAAAUAGAGAAGGCAGCCCGAAGCCACCGCUCUUCAGAAAACUCUGUCUCCAGCUCAAACAAACCUGGUCCUCGCGGGACACAGGGUCCCAUGGACAUGGAGGAGGUUCAGACCCAUCCUAGAGGCAGGGUGGCACGGGGACCUGAGUCUUCUGGAACAGAUAGCACCAGGCAGCCAGCCUCUACUGUGGGCACUCAAGACAAGGCCCAGGAUGCCUCUGCCCUAACCCAUUCCCAGCCCCCAGCCCCUGUCCCAGCCCUAAGUGCAGACCAGCAAGUGUAUUUCUCCCUGAAGGACAUGUACAUGGAGAACUCUCAAGCUAUCGGGCCUCAGGGGGAGGAGGAGUCCCCACCCCCAAGUGUCAAGGCAUCUGGAAACAGUCCCUUGGGGAAGGUACCCAUCAAGGCAAGAGGUGAGGGGGCACCUGCCACCUCUGGCCAGCCUACAUCCUCCUUGGCUCCCCAGCCAGCUCGGCCUUUCAACAGGAAGAGAUUUGCCCCUCCAAAGCCCAAAGGCGAGCCCACCGCUGACAGCAAGCCCAUUUCUUCUUCGGGUCAAGCUCCAGAACAUGAGGCCCAGAACUUAGGGAAAGCCCCGUCUCAGGCUUCUGCCCCCGUGCCAACACCCCCUGCCCGCCGGAGACAUGGCACUCGGGACAGCCCCUUGCAGGGGCGAGCAGGCCACAGGACUCCAGGAGAGGUCCCGGAGUCCCAGGCAAUCAUGGCUCCUACCAUAUCUGCUAGCAGCAGCUCUGGAGGAGCCUCUGUUGACUGUAGCACCUCUAGAAGUCAAGGUAUCAUCGAGCCCAUGGAUACAGAAACCCAGGAGCAUGGGAGAACAUCUGCUGACAGAAGAACUGAAAGCCAGAAGAACACACAGACAGAUGGAAAGAUGCCGGCAGAUGGGAAGACCCAGGGAGACAGAUCACAAGUAGCCCAGAAGACGCAGGCAGACAGAAAGACACAGGUGGAUGUUGUGACACAAGACAGUGAGAGGUUGCAGUUAGACAGGAACUCAGAGAAGGAUGUGGUGGCACAGAGAAGGGUGGAGACACGGGUAGAAAGGAUGCAGGCAGAUGAGAGGAUGCAGAAAGAUAGAAAGACACAGGCAGAUGGGACGAUACAGGAAGACACAAGGAUGCAGGAAGAAAGGGGGACACAGUCAGAGGACAGUGUUCCUGCAGCUAUCAAAAAUCAAUCAGACAAUCGGUCUGUGACCAGCCUCAGCCCACCAUGCAGAGCCUCUAAACUCCCACCUUCAGAGCAAUCUAGGUCUUCUCAGAUUACUGAAUGUUUUGUACAGACCCCAGAAACAUCUUGUAUCCUAGAAAAACCUGGCAUCAUGGUCAGAUCUGAGGAGCCAGCAGUAACAGCCUCCAGGAACCAUCCGGACACUGUAUUGGAUCCCCUGUUGGGGAAUCUUGGGCACCCAGCACAGCUGCCUCCUAGGAGGAACUUGGAACAGGUGGGAGGAGAGAGACGUCAAGGGCCAGAGUGGUCAGGCCUGGUCAAGGCCAAGUCAGAGGACAGCCUGCUCCAGGGCCCCAAGGAGCAGUGGCCAGGGGAUAUGCUAUGUGGGGGUCUAGGUGGCCCAAGCCGGGAGGUGUCCACCAUGCUCUCUCUUCCUGGGACUGAGGAGGGGCUGCACAGUACCCUGACCUCUCAGCACAUGAGCACAGCUGCCUUCCUGUCCUCUGGGGAUCAGGCCUUGCUGAGUUCUGCCCCCGCACUGAACCUGGGGCCGAGGCCCACCACUCAGAGUCACCCAGCAGAAGCCAUGGCCACCAGUGGUGAGGGGGCCUGUGCCAAGGAGCCAGAUAUGGAGGGGAGGCCCUCAGGCACCCGGAGCUGUGACCCUGGCCUCAUAGAUUCUCUGAAGAACUACCUGCUUCUGCUGCUAAAGCUAUCCAACACUCAGGCAAGUGAAGCAGCAGCUGAGUCCCAGGUGGAGGCUGCCACGGGAGGUCUGGAGCCCUCAUCCACUCUGGCCCCCGCCGUGGAAGUGGCUGGGCUGAGUCCCCGGACAUCAAGGCGCAUCCUGGAGCGUGUGGAGAACAACCAUCUGGUGCAGAGUGCGCAGUCCCUGCUGCUGAGCCCCUGUACCUCCCGACGUCUCACUGGCCUCUUGGACCGUGAGGUGCAGGCUGGCCAGCAGGCCCUGGCUGCUGCCCAGGGCUUCCAGGCCCCCAGCCCACUCACGGUCCCCACCAUUGUGGUGGGCGAGGAGGGCUCUGGGCUGACCUCAGAAGGAUUCAGUGUGGGUGAGGGAGAGGUUUCCCUUGAGGGGCCUGGUCUCUGGGGAGCCUCCCAGGAAAGUGGUAUGGGUGGGCCAUUGGGGGAGGGGGGCAGGCAAACAGCAGAGAGCAAAACUCAGGAACUCUUCCCAGAGGAGGAGGUCCCAGGGGAGGCUCUGACAGAUCUCCCUGCUGCCACACCCGAGGAACUGGCUCUAGGGGCCCGGAGGAAGAGAUUUCUCCCUAAGGUCAGAGCAGCAGGAGAUGGAGAGGUGGUCAAGCCUGAAGAAAGGGAGAGCCCUAGUGUUUCUCCCCGGGGAUCCAGGAAGAGCCUGGCACCUGGGUCUCCAGGGACUCCAGGGCGGGAGAGACGCUCCCCUACCCAGGGCAGGAAGGCGAGCAUGUUGGAGGUGCCCAGGGCAGAAGAGGAGCCGGCUGCAGGAGACCUGGGCUCCAGUACCAAGGCCAGUGGCCUGGACACAGAGCCUGCCCUGGAUGAAGGCAAGCAGGAAGCUCUGGCCAAACCCAAGAAAGCCAAAGACCUGCUGAAAGCCCCACAGGUGAUUCGGAAGAUUAGGGUGGAGCAAUUUCCUGAUGCCUCUGGUAGCCUGAAGCUCUGGUGCCAGUUUUUCAACAUUCUUAGUGACUCAGUCCUGACUUGGGCCAAGGAUCAGCGCCCAGUGGGUGAGGUGGCCAGGAGUGCAGGGGAUGAGGGACCUGCAGCCCUGGCCAUUGUGCAGGCUUCCCCCGUAGACUGUGGCGUGUAUCGAUGCACCAUCCACAAUGAGCAUGGCUCCGCCUCCACUGACUUCUGCCUCAGCCCUGAGGUGUUGUCUGGAUUCGUCUCCAGGGAGGAAGGUGAAGUUGGAGAAGAGAUUGAGAUGACCCCCAUGGUGUUUGCUAAGGGUCUGGCUGACUCUGGCUGCUGGGGGGACAAGCUCUUUGGGCGACUGGUGAGCGAGGAGCUCCGAGGGGAUGGACAUGGGUGUAACCUUCGGAAGGCCUCCCAAGCCAAGGUCAUCUAUGGCCUGGAACCCAUCUUUGAGUCAGGCCGCACAUGCAUCAUCAAGGUGUCCAGCCUGCUUGUGUUUGGACCCAGCAAUGAGACUUCUCUCCUGGGCAGAAACUACGAUGUCACCAUUCAGGGGUGCAAGAUCCAGAACAUGAGCAGGGAGUACUGCAAAAUCUUUGCAGCUGAAGCCCGGGCAGCAUCCGGCUUUGGAGAGGUGCCUGAGAUCAUCCCACUCUAUCUGAUCUACCGGCCUGCCAACAAUAUCCCCUAUGCUACCCUGGAGGAGGAUCUGGGCAAGCCCCUGGAGUCUUACUGUUCCCGGGAAUGGAGCUGUACUGGGGUUCCAACAGCAUCCAGCAGCUCUGAGGCCUUGCAGAAAUGCCAGACCUUCCAGCACUGGCUGUAUCAGUGGACAAAUGGCAGCUUCCUUGUCACAGAUUUGGCAGGGGUUGACUGGAAAAUGACUGAUGUGCAGAUUGCUACCAAACUGCGAGGAUACCAAGGCCUCAAGGAGAGCUGUUUCCCUGCCCUGCUGGACCAGUUUGUCUCUUCCCAUCAGUGCAACACCUACUGUGCGAUGCUGGGGCUGAAACCCCUCAAGGCCCCUGAGACUGCCCAUCCCCAAGCCAAGGCCAAAGGCUCUAAGAGUCCAUCUGCUGGCAGGAAGGGCCCCCAGCUGAGUCCUCAGCCCCAGAAGAAAGGCCUCCCUAGUCCUCAGGGCACCCGGAAGAGUGCUCCAAGCUCCAAGACCUCUCAGGCUUCAGAGGCAGCCACUAUCCAGUCAUCGGGACAGCCUCCCAUCCAAGAUGGAGGCUCCAAGGCCCAGGGCAUGCGGUAGCCCCAACAGGAGGCUGGGGGCCUCCACCCAGCAGCAGACCAACCAGGAAGCAGCUUGAACCGGAUGGAGAUAUUCUCAACACAGAACAAACCAGAGAAGGUGACCUAAGGAGGCACUUCUUGGGGACCUCUCUGAGCAGCCUCUCCUCAGUCAACUCCUCAUUGGAUGGCUCUGGGCACAGCACACAGCCCAUUGGCCUCUCCUGGUGCCAUUGUUAUCCAGGGCUUGCAGGCCUUAAGCAGGCCCCACCUCCAAGGGCCUGGAGAUCUAGGCCCUUCUUGAAGUUUACACAGGCCACUGCUGGAGGCUUCCCCAAGUCCUCUGCAUGAUUUCUGUAGCCCGUCCCCUUUCCCCAGCCAAACCCUUCAGUUAAUGUUGUACUCUGGGGGCCAACAUUUGCUGUUUUGCCCCUGUUUGGCCCCUAUCUCUCCCUGUCAUCAGGGCUCCAGACUUCCUCUGGUGGGUCUGGCUUGGUGAUGUUCAGGGGAUCUUCUCCUUCCCGCUACUUAGCUUCAUUCAGCCCAGCUUCUCCCUCAACUAACCUGUCCUGAGCAUGCACAGUGCUCGGGGCCCUUCCGAGCCUGUCGUGUCCUUCUGCGGUGGUCUUUGAUGAUGUGUGUUCCUGCUGUUCCUUCCCAUCACUCAGACACCCACUCCCCUGCUCCCAUGUUCCCUUGUACCUUCAUGCUUUGAGUUGCAGCCUGCUGACUGCCCUUCAUCAAUUCUUUGCUUGUCCCUUUGUCCCAGACCUUCCCUAGGCCUGACCCACAACCUGAGGCCAAGCCCCUCUGGCCUCUCCCUCCAUCCUGGUGCCCUCUUCCUCUACCUCUCCCAGGUUCUCUGCUCAUGAGGUGAGAACUGGCAUGAGGGUGCCAGCAGCAAUAGCCAGAGGGAGGGCGUUGACUUUGAGAGGCUUCAUGCUCAACAUUGAAAGGAGUGGGGUUACAGUGAGUUUUGCACCAGCCUCUCAAAGGGGUGGAGGGCUGGGACUCUUCCUCACAGGGGAGUCCACAUGGGUGUUCUAGGAAGCAUCCGUUCACAUGCUUGGGUGGAGUGUGUCUCUAUCUGGGAAUUAGGACCCCUACCCCCCAACCAUUAGCUCUUGAUCCUGGGGCUCCAGCUCUGCGCCCUCAUGCCUGGGCUUCUGAGGAAAUUCUGUGCUGGGCCCAACACCCUGGACAUCCCUCCUUGAGACCUGGAGUGGGGCAGGUCUGGAGCUAGCCUGCUCCCCUGGAAUGCAAUAAAGGCAGCAACCGUGUGUCCUGCUUGCCCUCAUCUGGUGUGGUUAUAGUCAGGACCCCUCUUCCCAGUGGUACUGCAGGCUGUCUAAGGUAUCCUAUAGUUCCUGGGUCUACUGGAAAAAUGAAUCAACGUUUUGGUUCCUAGCCUGAAGUUCCAUCUCAGUCUUCUCUGGCUGCAGCUGGACAGUCUGUUGCACAAUUCAGCUGAUGGCUUGUGCCCCUUAGCAAGGUGUUUGGGGACUUGAUGACUUUGGAAUUGCACCUUCGUUUGGAAGAGAACAUGAAAGAAGGAACCUAGAAAGGAAGAACAGAGCUGGGGACUCAGCAGAAACUCCCCGUAUCUCUGGCCGCCUCUGCCACAGCAGGACUGGUCUGGAUGUCAAGCAGCAUCUGCCCCCAGCUACCAGCUGACCCUUACAUGCUUCUCAGUCCCACCUCACCCCACCCAGGGCUUUCCCUCACCUGAAGUUUCCUCUUCCAUCCUCAUGAUUUUAACUUCUCUACCUCCUCUUUGCUCCGGUGGCUCCCUACUUCCUUCUCUUGCCCCAGGGGGCCCUUAGUUCUCCCAGCCUACAUACCCAGCUUACUUUGGUGAACUGAGAGUUGGAUAUUGUCAUUCAUUAAUCAUUCACUCAUUCAUUCAGCAGACAAAUUGUGAGCACCUACUUUAUGCCAGCCCCAUUUAUGCUGGGAGGAAAAGAUGUAUAGGCAGUCUUAGGAGAGAAUGCCCAUCCUUGGAGUUUGAAUUUUGAGCAACAGAAAUUAAAUUGGACCAACUUAAGCAAAAGAAGGGUUCAUGGGAAAGAUGUUGGGGUAGCUCAUGGAACCAAAAGAAUUAUUGAACAAUUAAUUAGCCUUGGAGAGAGCAGGAACCAGGGCAGCUCCAGUGCUUGCCCCCAGGAGCUGUUGCUGUAGGUCCCAGUGUCUCCCUCUAUUCAGGAUCCAAAUUCCAGGUAAGAGAAGCUGGCCUGGAGCUCAGGGCCUCACAGAGUGAGAGAGAGGCACUUUCCCAAAGGAUGAGGAUUCUUACCAGAAGAAUUAUGGAGAGUGGAAGGGUAGAAAGGGGUUUGAAGUAUAAAACUAAGAGAUAUUCCCUGACACACACAUGGUUAUUCCUAUCUGAUGUAUUGACUCUCCCAAAUACAACCCAAAACAAAUUCCUCUCUGCUUAAGAAACUCUAGGUCAUAUCCAACUACUAAGUCCAGAGGUAAUGACAGGGCUAUGGUUUCCCCCAAAGUCCAGUUGUCACUAGUAAUAAUCUACCUCUUUUAGUUUUUUCACACUAAAUCCCACUUUGAAAUCCUGUAGCCUGUGGAUUAACUGAUGAAAUUAACCAUGUUCAACCGAAAUUAUAUAACCCAGCAAGAAAGGUGGUAUAGGUAAAGACCAUUUCUACACCAUUUCUACAGCUGGUCAUGAGAACUAGUGUCUAUGAUUAGGGCUUUUCAGCCUGUUGGAGUUCAGCUCUGAAGUGCAGCCCUUAGUGGUAUUGCCUUUAUGACAGGAACUGCUAGACAUGGCAAUACAAGGAAGCACACUAAGAAUCUCCCAUGUCCGUCUCUAGUCCUGGCUAUGUAGCAGCAACCAUAUUUUCCCUCCUUGGAGUUCAUCAUCCUAGCUAUACCCUCAACCUCUUGUUCUCUGUCCCUUAGAGGCAUAAGGAACCCGAAACUUCCUUUUCAGUUGAAUCAUUACUCUCUCUUUGAGGAUGUGUUUCUCCCUUGGGGACUAAAACCUCUACACCAGACUGGUUCCAAACCUUAAGUAUGAGAAAAGCAGUGAGAUAUGGUGAUAGCAUGUCCAUCUCCUCACUUUUUUCUAGCCCUGUAGGAGAAAUGACACCAUGUUUGAUUGACAGUUCACAAAGUUUAUACCUCCUCCUGCAGGCCUGAAUCAGCCUCUCAGGUUGUUGUAUUUGGUGCCAUGUUUUCAACACACCAUUUCACCAUGCUAUCAAGUCAAAUGGUCUGUGGGAAUCUCACAAGAUGAAUGAAGGUCCUAUAUACUAACCCAUGACUUUUGUUGUAAACUGAGUUCUUUGGUUGAGUGCAAGGUGUGAGGAUACCACAAUGAUGUUUGUGGUAUUUGAUGCAUAUUGAUGGUGGGAGAGGCAUGAUGGGUAAGGAAAACCAAUCCAAAUCCAGAACAAGUGACUGAGCCCUCUUAGGGCCAUAGGUGUAGAUGGAGGGAAGCUCAGCAGUGUGGUAGGAGGUGGCAUAGUGGGGGAGUGAGUGAGCCAUCCACAUGUACUGCUUGUGCCUUUAGAGUCCCAUCCUGAAGUGACUAGUGCCUAGAACCUAGUGGAGAGCCAGAGGGGUAUUUCUCAAAAUACCUGUUGGCCUGAGCCUCGCUUGGUUCUGAAUGCUGAAUUCCCCUACCACAUAUCUCUUAGCAGGACUUAUCACACGUUCCCUAGAGCACUCUGCUCCGUCACAGGCUCCACAUGGCUUCCUGAUGUGCCACACACAGACACAUUGAAUCUGGAAGGUCAUAUGACUUGGUGGCAGAACCAGUUGUACAAAAGGCUUUUCCAGUAGGAGAGCUUUCACUCGCUCUAGGAGCAGCCCAGAGCUGGCAACUUACUAGAUCAGUCAGUAAUUGGUUUGGAGUACGAUGCCCCAAGGUGGCACACGUUGCCUGGACAAUUCCAGGCCUAAUAGCCUUAGUGGUAAGGAGUUUGGCCCAUAUUAUGAAGGAAAUAGUCAACCCCCAGAACAUUUUCAAACAUAUCAAGGCAAAGCAAUGUUUGUAUUGUUUGUUUUUCAUGUGAUUUAUCUCUUACCUCUGACUUUCAUAUGUCUUACCCCUAAGGCACCUAGGGAAACUGUGGACCCCCAGACCCUUCUAUAGACCUAGAUAGAUGGACACAGAUCCCUUUGGGGGAAGGCUGCAAGGAAGGGUCACAAUAUGCAUCAAAAGUUAAAAUAAGCCUUUCCUUCAAAAAGAUAUUUGGGGGCUGGGGUUGUGGCUCAGUGGUUGAGCGCUUGUCUCCCAUGCAUGAGGCACUGGGUUUGCUCCUCAGCACCACAUAAAAAAAUAAAGGAAGAAAGAUAUUGUGUCCAUCUACAACUAAAAAAAAAAUACUUAAAAAAAGAUAUUUGGAUAUUUGACUUCCUCUCCAGUUAAAGCCUAGGGAAGGAGAUCUUGACUUUAUCUUGGCAGCUUGAAACAGACCUGUUGGCCCAACCAGGAAUUAUUGCUCAACCAGUUACAAGACUUACUAGGUGAUAUUUUAGGAACUGCCUGUCCUUUUUCAUUCCCAGGACUCAGCGAUUGAUUAACCACAGCUCAAGGUCUGGUUUCCAUGUUCAUGGCUAUUUUCCUGACCAUCCAACUUUGUUCCUUCUGACUAUCUCUGAAGCUGAAGUCAGGGAGUUUGUAUUUAUAGCAGCUCUUCCAACCAGCAUUCCAGGCCUAGAGAUAGAGAGGAAGCCAGCAGAGCCUCACUCAUUUAUUUCUCAGGGCAAGGAGGGAGCCCACCUUCCAAUCCUGCUAGAGGACAAUGAGAGGGCAGGUGGGUUGGAUACAUGCCAGGGACCCAAUAAAGCAUUUUUGUCUUCUGAAA